AGUGGAAAGGAGAGAAACGAGAAAGGAUUGAUCAUUCGAAGAGAUCGGUAAAACGAGACAAGGAGAGUUCUUUUCUAAUAGUUGCGAGUAACUUGUUUUUCCGUAAGUUCGGCACAAUAAUAUCGAACAGCAAAACUGAAAGAGAAGAUAUUUUUUUGUGAAGAAAAGAAAGAACAAAUAGUUCAGCAAAUAAAAAAUAUGUUUAAUAGAAAUUUAAAAAAAUUAUUUUGUUGUACUUUUAAAAAUUUAACGAAGAAAAGUUUAAUAAUCUCAUCUAAUAAUCUUCUUCGUAACAUAAGCGAUACGAAACGUUCUCCAAGGAUACUUAUAACAGGUGGCCUUGGACAACUAGGUACAGAGUGUGCCAAGUUACUACGCAAGAAUUACGGAAAAGAUAAUGUGAUUCUUUCGGAUAUCAUUAAGCCGACGGAUGAAAAUUUGGCUAAUGGACCAUUCAUCUUCGCAGACAUUCUUGAUUUUAAAAAUCUUCAAAAGAUCGUCGUUGAUUAUAGGAUCGAUUGGCUGAUACAUUUUAGUGCUCUUCUUAGUGCCGUGGGUGAACAGAAUGUUCCUUUGGCAGUGAGGGUCAAUAUUGAAGGUAUGCACAAUGUUAUUGAAUUAGCCAAACAAUAUAAAUUAAGGAUUUUCAUACCUUCAACGAUUGGUGCGUUCGGGCCGGAUUCACCAAGAAAUCCUACACCAAACAUUACGAUUCAACGACCUCGCACCAUUUAUGGUGUUAGCAAAGUUCACGCCGAACUUUUAGGAGAAUAUUAUCAUCACAGGUUCAACUUAGAUUUUCGAUGUCUUAGAUUUCCAGGAGUAAUAAGUAGUGAUCCACCUGGAGGCGGUACAACUGAUUAUGCAGUAGCUGUUUUCCACGAAGGUCUGUUAAACAAGAGAUACGAGUGUUAUUUAGAACCCUACACUCGAUUACCGAUGAUGUACAUCGACGAUUGUCUUUCAGCCCUUUUCCAAUUUUUAAACGCACCUAAUGAAAAACUUCAAAGGCGAGUGUAUAAUGUUACUGCUAUGAGUUUCACACCAGAGGAACUCUUUAGCGAAAUCAUCAAACAUGUUCCAGAUUUGCAAAUCAGUUAUAAACCAGAUAGCCGGCAACAUAUCGCGGAAAAUUGGCCACAAAUUUUGGACGAUAGUGAGGCACGAAAAGAUUGGGGAUGGCAACAUAAAUACGAUCUAGACAAACUUGUAAGUGCAAUGAUGCGAGAUGUUAGUACACACUUUUUGCCAAAGUACCGUUUAAAGGAAGUCAACAGCUAUGUAUAAUAGUAUGCCAUUAAUUAGUGAACAAUUUAUAUAAAUACAAAUGAAGGUAUAUAACAGAAUAAUUAUUUUUUUUGUAGAACGCAAAUGACAUAAAAAACUUGA